CUUGCCACCCUCCCUACACUCACUUCAGAGACCUCCUGCCUCUCCAUUUCUCCCCGUGUUUUAGCCUCCGGACAGGACGCGGCAAAGGGAAGUGAAGUGGCAAGCACCCUUUGCCCCCACUUCGCUAGUAUUGUUAUUUUUCCCCACUUCUGGAUCGAUUCUCCCAAUAAAACGAGACAAUUGCUUGGUGUAGCUGUAUCGGGGAGAAGGCUCGGGAGGAGGCUAAUAUAGGAAGCUCGAUGACGACGAAAGAGGAGAACAUUAUAACAGAUGAAAUGGCUAACCCAUCUCCAGCAAAGAGCAUAGGCGACCCUGGAAUCACACCGCUGUCUCCUACACACAUUCAGAAUGACACAGACCAGGUUCCGUCAGCAAUGCCCUUUGUGGUCGUGGUGGCCAUUGACUUUGGCACAACAUCAAGCGGCUAUGCUUAUGCAUUCACAAAGGAACCUGAGUGCAUUCAUACUAUGAGGCGUUGGGAAGGUGGUGAUCCUGGAGUAUCCAACCAAAAGACGCCAACCACAAUCUUGCUGACACCGGACAGAAAAUUUCACAGUUUUGGCUAUGCAGCACGUGACUUUUAUCAUGACCUAGAUCCCAGUGAGUCCAAGCAAUGGCUCUACCUGGAGAAAUUCAAAAUGAAGCUUCAUACCACAUCGAACUUAUCCAUCAACACGGAUCUCCAGGCAGCCAAUGGAAAGCGUGUGAAAGCUUUGGACAUUUUUGCUUAUGCACUGGCCUUCUUUAAAGAGCAAGCACUAAAGGAGCUGAGUGAUCAGACAGGUGGAGAGUUUGACAAUAAGGACGUCAGAUGGGUCAUCACUGUUCCUGCCAUAUGGAAAAUGCCUGCAAAACAAUUUAUGAGGGAAGCUGCCUAUAAGUCUGGUCUGGUGUCCCGUGACAACCCCGAGCAACUUAUCAUUGCUCUGGAACCUGAAGCGGCAUCAAUCUACUGCCGUAAGCUCCGCCUUCACCAAAUGGUGGACUUAAGCAACCACACCAAUCAGAAUGGCUUCAGUCCCACUGACAAUGUCAGCAGUACAAUGACCCAAGCUUCUCCAGGCCAUGCCAACAAGGAGCAUGUUCGGCGCAACCGGCAAAGUCGCACUUUUUUGGUGGAAAAUGUCAUAGGGGAGCUUUGGUCGGAGCUGGAAGAAGGUGAUCGUUAUGUGGUGGUUGACUGUGGCGGAGGGACAGUGGAUCUUACUGUCCAUCAGAUUCGUCUCCCGGAAGGUCAUCUAAAAGAGCUUUACAAGGCCUCUGGUGGCCCAUAUGGCUCUCUUGGGAUUGACUAUGAAUUUGAGAAGCUGCUUUGUCAGAUCUUUGGCCAGGACUUCAUUGAUCAGUUCAAAAUCAAGCGGCCAGCAGCUUGGGUGGACUUAAUGAUUGCUUUUGAAUCACGGAAACGAGCAGCGGCGCCAGGCAGGUCCAAUCCCCUAAAUAUUAACUUGCCCUUCUCGUUCAUUGACUACUACAAGAAGUUCCGGGGCCACAGUGUUGAACACGCCCUACGCAAAAGCAAUGUGGAUUUUGUUAAAUGGUCAUCGCAGGGGAUGCUGAGGAUGAGUCCUGAUGCUAUGAAUUCCCUUUUCAAACCCACCAUCGACCAUAUCAUUCAGCACCUAAAUGAGCUCUUUGAGAAACCAGAAGUGAGCAACAUCAAAUUCCUUUUCCUUGUGGGGGGUUUCGCAGAAUCACCUCUGCUACAACAGGCAGUCCAGAACAUGCUUCAGGAACGCAGUCGCAUUAUUAUCCCUCACGAUGUCGGCCUCACUAUCCUGAAGGGUGCAGUGCUGUUCGGGUUGGACCCAAGCAUCAUUAAAAUCCGCCGCUCCCCACUUACGUACGGCGUCGGCGUCCUCAAUCGCUUUGUAGAGGGCAAGCAUCCUCCUGAAAAGCUGCUGGUGAAGGACGGAACUCGCUGGUGCACUGAUGUCUUUGACACCUUCAUUGCCGCCGACCAGUCAGUAGCGCUCGGCGAGAAUGUGAAACGGAGUUACACGCCAGCCAAGCCCUCGCAGCAGGUUAUCGUCAUCCACGUCUACUGCUCUGAGAAGGAGAGUGUGGGAUUCAUCAGCGAGUCUGGCGUCAAAAAGUGUGGCUCACUUCGCUUGGAUGUUAGUGGCACAGAAAGCGCGGCUCCACGCCGUGAGAUCCAGACACUCAUGCAGUUUGGUGACACCGAAAUUAGAGCCAUGGCAGUGGAUGUGUCCACUGGGCGCACAGUUAAAGCUAGCAUCGACUUCCUCAGCCAUUAAGAGAGCAGUGAGCUUGCGGUAAUUUAUAGGGAAAAAUGGAAAUAAAACACUCACAUAGCAUAAUAUUAAAACAUUCUAAAGGAAUCUGACACAUAUUUUGGGUAUUCUACUAUUGAAUCAAACCUAUCACUCAAACCAUUAAGCAAUGCUGGCAUUAUAAUGGCCCAUUUGGAUGUCCUAUUUAUGCUUAAUCUCUUAUUAGCUAAUUGAUAUUAUGACACAAGAAGCAUAACGUCUCAAAGACAAAAAAAAAAGAAAACUGUGUGGAUUAAUUAUCGUAAAAAUAAUACUGAUGCUGUGAAUGUAAUGUUGGUCUAUGUGCUCUGCAAAACAGCUUUAGGUGAAAAUAGCAGAAAAGAAACAUAGUCAUCCUUGUUGCCAAGUAUUCCUAUUGACCUCUGUGAAGUUGGCCCCACAUCAAACACAAAUUUAAAUGAAAUAUAGUAUGUGUUAUGUUUGUGCCAGUUUGUGCUGUAAAAAGUUUGAUUUGUGCUGCUUUGAGAUAUCUGUAAUUAUUUAAUAGGUCAAUCUGAGGUCAACCAGCCACCCCAUUUUGAUCUAAAACUGCUAAAAAUGGUGUAAAUCGUUUGUGCUACGCUAGUGCUGUAAAGACUUGUUUGUGCUGCAACAUUUUUGUAGAUACAGGUCGCCCCCGGGUUACGAAUGAGUUCAGAUUCGACGCAAGCAACAUAACCCGAAUUUCUGCAUAAGUCGGAAUGAAGCCUUUGUAAUAUCCCCUGAAUCUCAAAAUAACUGUCCAAAAACAUGUAUUAUACGUCAUUGUACCGUCCUCGCCAAGACGCUGGAGUUAAGCUCUAGAUAAACAGCGAGCUUAGCUCCGAAAUGACGCAUGCAUACAGAAAUCCCUUGCUUGUAGCUGUUGCUUGCACCGGUUGUUGCUCAGUGUCGGUGAGCCAGCUGUGCUACACAAUUGCUGGGGGAGGUGAAACUCCUGAACUUUUUCCUCAAUCGAAGAAAACGAAGUCCCUGGUGUGCGAAUACUUCAGCUACAGAAAAGUUACAGACGGUCGCAGCUUAGAAAAGAGCCAACUGACAUGUAAAACAUGUUUGCGGAGGGUGGCUGCCGAGGAGGCAAUACCUGCAAUAUGAUUUCGCAUUCAUACAAAAUUAAAGGUUAGUAAACAUCGUCAUGAACAUUUCCCACCAGCUACGAGAUUUAACUCCAGCAUGUUUAGUGUGUCUAGCAGUGGUAAAAUAUGUGGUGUUUUUUUCUCUCUGGCAACUGUCUGUGUUGAGAAAGAGAGUAUGUGUAUAAUGUAAACAUGAUACGAGUCAUACACACGUGUUUUUUAUGGAAAAUUAUUUGAUUGUUUUUGUUCGGGUUAAAUGAAACUUUAUACAGCACAAACCGGCACAAAUAUAGCACAAACAAUUGAUAUGAAAUUGUGUCUGAUAAGGGGCCAACUUUACAGAGGUUUCAUACUGUUAUCUGAAUUAGGUCAGUGUUACACUGGAUUUGUACAGUGUUACGAUCAUUAUAUUACAUGCUGAGGGUUCUUUCAACCAUCACUAAAUUAAUUGACAUAACCAAUCUUACUAUUUUUUAGCACAUUUUUUUACGCUAAAUGCCCAUCCUAAUUCAACCGUGCCAUUCGUAUGGUUUACAACCAGCAUUUGAGAGCUCGAUCAAAAAGAAUAGAACUGGCUAGGAAUCCUACUGCGCAGCUUGCAUGAAAGGCAACUGCAUGUACUACUAAAUCAUACACUAUACAUGUAGAGCUGUUGCUUUCUCUAGGCAUUGAAAGGAAAUGCGGCAUUCAGUAAUCCAGCAAAAACAAAGGUUAGAGUCAAAUUUCAUCGGUGUCAGUGUAAUUUUUCUAAUCCGUGUUUUGGAAUGUGUGGUACAUUGUCUGCUCUAUGAAUGGUAAAGUUAUUCAACGAUGGGCAAUAAAUCUAUCAUUCUAAAACCGGCUAAGCGCUAGUAAGUAACGCUAUCAGAUCUUCUUUUGCACUGCCUGCAUUUGUUAAUGCUUUAAAUUUGGCCAGCCCAUUCAGAUAUGCUCAAUCUUAGUGUGGCCAACAGUCAUGUUUGUUUAUCCCUGUAUAUACAGUAUUUAAAUAUUGUACAGAUUUUUAGCAUUGUGUCAAUAGCUUUAGCUUCAGUAGUUUUAUGCACAAGUUUGAGAGCACGCGUGCUUUUAUGUAUUGAGCACGUCAUCCAGCAUCGCACGAGAGCCACUGUGACCUUUAUUGAUGAGGAAGAGGGAAAAUUUUAUCCAGUUCAUGACAACACAGCUCAACAUGGCUUGAGGUUGUUGCCUGUCAAUUCUACAAAAGUUGAGUUUUUAAUUAUUAUUAUUAUUGCUAAUCAGUGAAAGCAUUUUUUCUUUUUACUAAGUCUGGAGGUAAUCAGGCUUGCCAGUAGUAGGUGAGAUUGAGUUCAACUUUAGUUUUGUUUCAUUGGAUUAGCUAUAUCAUACUUAAAUUUGAUUAGUGAUCUUAAAUAUUUAAGUGGGGAAAUUUUCAAAAGAGUUUAAGAUUGGGGAAAAAAAUACCUUUUCGUAGAAAUUUGGAUGGUUUGGGAAGCAGGUCAGUAACUAUGUACUUUACAGUCAAAUUAAGCUAUGCCAUUUGUUAUUGUCAGAGGUGGGUAGAAUAGCCAAGAAUUUUACUCAUUAUUUAUAAGUAAUUUAAAGUCAUUUUUUUAAAGAUGAGUUUUACAUUAGAAGAAGUAAGAAAGUACGCGAUGAAUACUCAGUAAUUGCUUGGAAUGUCUGUUUUUUUUUAACAAUACAGUGGUACCUCUACAUACGAAGUUAAUUCAUUCCAGGACCUGGUUUGUAAGUCAAAAUGGUCAUAUGUCGAGAGGGACUUUCCUAUAGGAAUACAUUAUAAUCCCAUUAAUUUGUUCCACAGCCCAAAAACAUACGCUAAAUCUGCCCGAAAGCUGAAGAUGGGUCAUCACUGGGUCUUUCAGCAAGACAAUGACCCUAAACAUAUGGCCAAAUCUACACAGAAAUGGUUCACCAGACACAAAAUCAAGCUCCUCCCAUGGCCAUCUCAGUCCCCAGACCUUGUUUUGUUGGCAAAAGGGGGUCGUACAAAGUAUUAACACCAGGGGUGCUAAUAAUUGUGACACACGAAUAAUUAUUUCUAUAUGUGUGAUUUUUUUCCCCCACUGAAUAAAUGCACUUGUAUUGAUGGUUACAUUUUUCUCUUUUUUUCCAUUGAGGUCCCAUAAUGUUUGAAUUAAAAAAAAAAAAAUUAUUAGAAACUAAAAAACACAUCUUAACCAGGGGUGCCAAUAAUUAUGGAGGGCACUGUAGCAAUUACACAUAGCAAAACAAAUAAAAUAUAAAUGCAAAUCGGAAUGAUAAUAAUUAUUAUGUAACAAAUCGUUUUGCAUGCUGUUCCUGAACGCACUGUGUGACUGAUGACAGAGAGAGGUGCGGAAGAGUUUUUGCUUUCUCUUUUCAUGUUGUUGGCGUCGGCUAUGGUGGAUAGUUGCUGUGUUGUGUUGCACAAGUUCUGAAAUUAAUGAUUGAAAACCUGACGAAGCUAGUUGUCUCCUUAACUAAUAUGGGCUGGCGAAUGGAAGUCAGAGGAGGACCGUCGAGAUCGUAAACACAUUCCGGCCGUAUCGUCGAGCCAGUUCACUAACACGCUCACCACGCUCAUAUUUUUCUAUCAUUUCCAUCUUAAUUUCAAUGCUAAGUGUCACAUUUUUCAUUUUUUUUCACUACCUGCACUAACACUGAGACCCAGGUUGAUUUCUCUUACAAGAAAAUAUGCCAUGCUUCCGUCUUGCGGGAAAACAAUGUAAUUGUGACACUGUCAUAAAUCAUUGUAUUUCGAGCAUGCCGACAUAUGUCGAGACAAACGAGUCAAAUUUUACGUCGAAAGGAUUGUACGUUGAUACGUCAAGGUACCACUGUAGUAAUUUUUUUUUCUUAGCACACUGUCAUCUAUGUAUACUGUAAUUAGUUGCGCUAUAACCUAUUACAUGACCAUAUACUGUAAGGCAGAAAAAAAACUUAACUCAUUGAAUUCCAACUAGAAAAAUCUACAGAAAUGAAACACUUUAAAGACUCCAUCAGAUUGAACAGGCCAUCGUGAUCACAGUCACAGGACUUCUGACUGACAGCUCAUGUGUGUUGUUGUUACGUCUGAUUGGUAUAAAGUCAGGUGAUUGUUAUUUGUGAAAGUGGUAGAGCCGCUAUGGGCAAUAUAAAAUAAAUAAAAUCUGAUAUGUAGGAUAAAAAGGAAAAAUAUAACAACUACUGCAGUCCAAAGUAGUCGAGCAAGAGCUGUGUUUCUUCUUUACAAAUCUAUUCAAGUAAAAUCAAAAUGUAUGGACUGGUAAAACUCUUAGAAGUACAGUUUUCUCAAAGCUCAAGUAAAUGUAACUAUAAAUCUGACCCAGUACUACCCACCUCUGGUUAUUUUAUGUUAAGUGAUUAUUAGACAUUUCAGUGCCGUCCACCUUUUGUUAUAUUAAUUUUUCAUUGGUAUCCUGUGCCCAUUAUUAAUAUAUUCCCUAUCAGUUAAUGACAGUUUGAAUUUUUAACGUCAAAAAAAUUGAUGCUGCAUCUCAACAUGGUUUUUCGAGCUACCUGCAGGGGAAUUUUGAAGAAAUUUUCGUGCCUUGAAAAGUCGUCUUCCCCAUUAGCAUAUUGUCCGCUUUAUUGAUGUUUUUAAGAAUCUGUUGAAAUAGAAAAGGAAUAAGCUGCUAGUGUGCCAUUUAUAGUGUUCUACUAAAUGAGAAGGCAUAAAGCAAUUUCUGUUGUGAUUAAUUCAGCAUUAACACAGAGUUUGUCAAUGUAAAAAUAAUUGAUUUUACUUAUAAACUCCUUGCUUGUACUCUAUUUUGCCUCAAUUCUUGCAGGACACAAUCAUCAAACAGCUCUAUGAAGCUUGCAGUAUUUGAUUGAUUGUAUUAUUAGUAUGGCCAUCAUCUAUCAGGUUACAUAUUAACACAUCAUUGCCAGUGUAAAGACAGUAGAUGGUGUUCCAUUGUUUAUUACCGUAUUUUUCGGACUAUAAGUCGCAGUUUUUUUUCAUAGUUUGGCCGGGGGUGCGACUUAUACUCUGGAGUGAAUUAUGUGUGAACAAAUUAUUACAUCAUUUCACAUGUUAUUUUCACACUAAACUGCAAGAGGACGCUCAAUGUCUGUUUCAACAUUGGCACUAACUUAUAGAAACAACUGAGAAGGGUACUGUUCUAUUUUUAUUUUUAAUUGCCUUUCAAGAUGACAUCUCUAUUUUUGGUGCUGCAUUUUAUCAAAAAAAUGUCCCCUCCAAGAUGCGACUUAAUACUCGGGUGUGACUUGUAUAUGUUUUUUUAUUUCCUCUUCAUUGCGCAUUUUUUGGCUGGUGCAACGUAUACUUGGGUGUCACUUAUAGUCCGAAAAAUACGACACAUGAUUGUCUGUCUGUUAAACAUGUUUUGUGGAUAUUUUCAAAUGAUUUAUUAAUGCACUUUAUUUUAGGUCGUAUUUAGUAGUCACUUUUCAAAGUCGAUAUAAAUACAGUUAUAGCGAAUAUAUUAAAAGCUUUAAAGAGAUAUUUGGCUGAAAAGAAAGGGUAGGAUGGUCUUCCAAGUAUCCUUACACAUUUGUCUCAGUGGUGUUAUAUUCGUAUUGAGCUGGAUGGUGUUUCACACAUCUUUCAAUCAAACACAAAACGGCAACCACAGUGAAAAACGGUAAACCCUUAGUAAACUUGCACUGUGAGAAUAAAACCCAUCUUGUGCUUCUGUAUUUUCAACAAUUCGUAGUUUUCUAAUGUCAUCAUUUGAAUCGAGAUUCUCACUGGUUGUGCUUUCCAGUAGCAAGCAGCGCACGUUUACCGACUCACUUUCUGCAAUGCACGUUUUGCAUGUGUCACAAAUGCGAAAAAACAAGACAAGACUAUAAUCACAAAACAAGUUUCACUGCUGGUUGCAUAAAAAGGGCAGAAUGAACUGUGGAGAAACUUUGCUGACCACCACAUCACUCUAUACUGUACAGCUAUUACAAUAUGAAAUGGAAUCAUGUACUGUAUUAACACACUUUCUAUAAGGCAAAAGCCGAUAUUUCAAUGUUAAGUCCAUCAAUUAUGAAACGGCAAGUGGAUGUGUCUUAAAAGUAGAAACAAUCAAGUACUGUAUCUUCUACACGUUAUUUACAAUAUACACUUAAACACUUGACAUGGGUGAAUUUACGAUCGUCUUAAUCACUCUUGAAUGUACUUUUUGUUGUUCCUUUUUGAAUGGAUAAUUGUUUUUUUUACAUCUCCUGUUGCUUCAUUUCGUUGUCUGCUAUUUUCACUUCAUAAAAUGUAUUCUAACCAUUUACAACUAUUCACUGUCAGAUUCUCAUUAUUAAAAAU